CCUUUCCUCCUCCCUCCCUUUCUUCGUCUUCUUCUUCUUCUUCUCUCCAACUUCUCCCAUUGACAUCUCUCUCUCUCUCUCUCUCUCUCUCUAUAUAUAUAUAUAUAGAUAGAUACAGCUAAUCUUCUUCACAUCCUCCCAAAUGGAAGCCUCAACAUCAUCAUGUUCCUCACCCCUCUCACUCGACUUCCUCCCUCCUCCAUUCUCUCCACACCUCCACCGCCGCAUCUCCGCCGCAUCCAUCCACUUCCGCCGCCAUAAACCCCUCUCCCUCUCCCUCUACCCAAAUCCCAUUUCUUGCACUAUCAAUUCUUCUUCUUACUUGGGCAUUUCAGUCUCCCCCAAAACCCGCUUCAAUUCCCUCUCUCCAUCAUCAUCAACAAGAACUCGAUCUUCCCCAAUCAUUGCCUCCGCUUUCGAGCGAUUCACAGAGAGAGCAAUUAAGGCCGUUGUGUUCUCCCAAAGAGAAGCCAGAGCUCUCGGCAAGGACAUGGUGUUUACGCACCAUCUUCUGCUAGGGUUAAUCGCUGAAAGCCGCCGUCCUGAUGGGUUUCUUGGCUCUGGCAUCACCAUUGACAUUGCUCGCGAUUGUGUUCGGAGUAUUUGGCAUAAUAAUCAAAGUAAUGAUCAGAAUUCAGUUGAUUCUGAGGUUUCCUCUGCUGCUGAUGUGCCGUUUUCGAUUAGCACAAAGCAGGUUUUUGAAGCUGCGAUUGAGUAUUCUAUGAGUAUGGGUUUCAAUUUCAUUGCGCCUGAGCACAUUGCCAUUGGGCUUUUUGCUGUGGAUGAUGGCAGUGCAGGUCGUGUCCUCAAGAGAUUAGGGGCAAAUAUAAAUCACUUGGCAGCUGUUGCAGUCUCAAGACUUCAAGGAGAGCUUGCCAAAGAUGGUAGAGAACCGCCCGCACGACCAAAACGGGCACAUGAUAAAUUAUUGCCUGCAAAAGGAACUGUUGUUAGAUACUCUGAGAAAACAAGAGAUAAAAGUGCUUUGGCCCAAUUCUGUACGGAUCUUACUGCUCGUGCUAGUGACGGGCUCAUUGAUCCUGUAAUUGGCCGAGACAAUGAAGUUCAGAGAAUCAUUCAAAUACUUUGCCGGAGGACAAAAAGCAAUCCUAUUCUUCUUGGGGAAGCUGGAGUUGGGAAAACAGCCAUUGCUGAAGGGCUGGCAAUUAUUGUUUCACAGGGAAAUGUUCCUGUUUUCUUGUUGAAAAAGCGCAUCAUGUCCUUAGAUAUAGGUCUAUUAAUCGCAGGCGCAAAGGAGAGGGGAGAGUUAGAGAGACGUGUUACUACAUUAAUUAAGGAUGUGAAGAAGUCAGGCAAUGUCAUUCUUUUUAUCGAUGAAGUCCAUACACUAAUUGGUUCGGGCACAGUUGGACAAGGAAACAAGGGGUCAGGUCUUGACAUUGCAAAUCUACUGAAGCCAUCUCUUGGGAGAGGUGAAUUACAGUGUAUUGCAUCUACAACUAUGGAUGAAUACAGGACACAUUUUGAAAAGGAUAAAGCAUUAGCACGAAGAUUCCAGCCUGUGAUGAUUAAUGAACCAAGUCAGGAGGACGCAAUUAGGAUACUGUUGGGUUUGCGUGAAAAAUAUGAGGCCCAUCACAAAUGUAAAUACACAUUAGAGGCCUUGAAUGCUGCUGUGCACCUUUCAGCAAGGUAUAUUCCUGACCGACAUCUUCCUGACAAGGCCAUUGAUCUCAUUGACGAGGCGGGAAGUAAAGCUCGUAUGGAAUCCUUCAAAAGGAGAAAGGAACAUCAAGCUCGUAUACUUUCAAAGUCACCAGAUGAUUAUUGGCAAGAGAUUAGAUCUGUUCAGGCCAUGCAUGAAGUGCCAAAUUCCUGGCUCCACCACUGCAUACAUGCCGAUAGCAUCAACCAUUUCAGAUUUUCUAAUGGUGUCCACUCCAUGCUUUCACGUGAGCAGGUCCUUGCAAGUAAACUGAAUAAAGAUGAUGGUGCUUCUAACAUUGAAGAUGAUCGAAAACUUCCCAAUACCUCUUUGCCUGUUAAUGAUGAUGAACCUAUGGUGGUUGGACCUGAUGAGAUAGCAGUAGUUGCUUCACUUUGGUCUGGGAUUCCAGUUCAGCAGUUAACCGCUGAUGAAAGAAUGCAUCUGGUGGGUCUUGAUGAGCAGCUUAAGAAACGGGUUGUUGGUCAAGAUGAAGCAGUUGCUGCAAUUUGUCGAGCUGUUAAGAGAUCCCGGAUUGGCCUGAAGGACCCUAAGAGGCCAAUUGCUGCAAUGCUAUUCUGUGGCCCCAGUGGGGUUGGCAAAACCGAAUUGACAAAAGCUUUGGCAGCUUGCUAUUUUGGUUCAGAGGCUGCCAUGGUAAGAUUGGACAUGACUGAAUAUAUGGAGCGGCAUACUGUCAGCAAGCUAAUAGGCUCACCCCCUGGUUACGUUGGCUAUGGAGAAGGAGGCACUCUUACAGAAUCUAUCAGAAGGCAACCUUUCACAGUGGUAUUGCUUGAUGAAAUAGAAAAAGCCCAUCCAGAUAUAUUUAAUAUUCUCCUCCAAAUAUUUGAAGAUGGUCACCUCACAGAUUCCAAGGGUCGAAGAGUAUCAUUUAAGAAUGUAUUGGUGGUGAUGACUUCUAAUGUGGGUUCCACUGCCAUUGCAAAGGGUAGGCACAACUCCAUUGGUUUCUUGAUAGCAGAUGAUAAGUCAACUUCGUAUGAUGGAUUGAAGGCAUUGGUAAUGGAAGAGCUUAAGGCUUAUUUCCGGCCAGAGUUGCUGAACAGGAUCGAUGAAGUAGUUGUUUUCCGUCCCUUAGAGAGGACACAGAUGCUCGAAAUAUUAAAUUUGAUGCUGCUAGAGGUGAGAGGAAGGCUUGUGUCUCUAGGAAUCGGUCUAGAAGUGUCUCAAGCAAUACUAGAGCUCAUGUGUCAACAAGGUUUUGACCGUAGCUAUGGUGCGCGGCCUCUUAGGAGAGCGGUUACCCUAAUAAUUGAAGAUCUGUUGAGCGAAGCAUUUCUUUCUGGAGAUUACAAGCCCGGUGACACUGCCAUCAUUGAUUUGGAUGAUUCGGGAAACCCAGUUGUUGCUAAUCGGUCAAGUCAGAAUAUUUACUCGUCUGAUACAACAUUUUCCUGAUAGGUAAUCACAAUCAAUUCUUGAUGUAAUUUUAUUGUGUAUAUUCCUAGUAGAUUUUAUAUGUGUAUUUGUGUAGACCAUACAAACUCAAUUCAUGCCAAUUCAUGUAUAUGUAUAGAUAAGAGGAGGGAAAAGAACAACAUUCAAAAUUAUUCUUUGGACCAUUGAAGAACAUUUUGGUUCAUAAAAUCAUACUAACAGCUAUUCCUUUUCAUUGGUGACAAA